AUGGCUCUUGCAACUGCAUCUACCCAGUUCCUCCACCUUGCGAACGUUUUCCGACUCCUCAGCCUUCGAAGCGAUGCCGAUGAUAUAAUUUUGGAGCUCCUGGGCAGGUUCUCGCUGGAUAGGAUAUACGCUGAUAGCAACCGUGAGAAGUUCCAACAACUUGUCAGCACUCUGCUAUCGCAACUCAACGCUGUUCUCUAUAUCCAGCGCCUAUCGCUCCCUUCGGACAAGGAGCAGGUUGAAGAAUAUGUGGGGUUCCUGGCGAAUUGGGAGACCAUCUCGCGGUCCAUAGAAUUCGUAUUACAGGUUGUUCUCGAGGGACACGAGAAUCUGUUCAAUGUCCACCAGCAGCUGGAUGUGCAGCUGGCCGACCUUGUCUCUACAGCGUUGCGUGUACUAUCAUUUCAUCCCAAGAGCCUUCCAGAUAUAAAGGAUCAGAAGCACCGGUUUGCUCGAAUCCAUCGGCUCCUUGAUAAGCUACACGACCGUUACCCAGGUCCAAGGCCAUGUCUCCUACUUAUCUGCCGAGAUAUGGCUAAUGCGUUGCGUAUGGAUCCUACAUCGCUCCCACUGCCCACAAAGCUGAUGAAGGAGAUGCCCAACUUGGCCCUGGAUUUGGAAGGCCCUUUUAACAACUGGCUGACACAGUUUUUGGCUCUGAGAGAUAUCACUCAGUUCGUUGUUGGCGCCUCGAUUCAGUAUGCAGUUUCGGAGGAGACUGAAGACUUUGACCUCCCAGCAUCAUGUGCCAAAACUAGAGAUGCGAUCCUAUCCAGCCUGGAUAAAAUAUACAUGCCCAACAAUUACCCAAAACUAGAAUUGCUGUCCAUGUUUAGUGAAGCAUUUCGAACUAUUUUACCAGAUACACCCCCAAUUAAUGGGUUCCGAAAUCUAUCAGGGCUUCUUGGUGACGUCAAUGGCGUAGAGGCCAUCAAGUCAUUCUGUUCAUCGCUUUCAAACAGGCAAAUCAUUCAUCGGUCAAGCGAUGGACCUUUGAUGCAUGCUAUUGCAGAGGUGAACAGACGCAUAACUCUUCUCGAUGACCCAAAUGAGACUUCCGAAGACACGGUACCUCGAGUGCCCCGAGUAUAUGCGCUAAAUUGCAAGUCCUGUCACCUCGCUGGGAAUACUCAAUUACGAGUUCUGGAGCAACUUGAAUUUCCGAAACCGACCGAAGGGUCUGAGAUUGGCCUACCCUCAAACACGAAAUGUGUUCAAUGCAAGCAAGUAGUAACUCUUGCGCGGGAGAUACCCCUCAUCAGAGAAACAUGGGAGCUCCUAAAUGAUGUUGAAUACAAUGCUGAUCCUCCCAGCGAGCUUCGGCACUUCUCCCCUCCGUAUCAACUCUUUCCACCCAAAGUUCGUGACAUCAAUAUAUAUACCUUACAUUUUGAUUCCGGUAAAACUGAUAGGAGAUCUCCUACCACCGCUACUAGCAUAUCUCCAGUGUCACCCGAUACAAGGCACGCUUUUGAAGAUAUUCAUAAUCAAGAACAUUCAUUAGGGUCAAUAACCGAAGUGGUUAGCCCUGACGCUGAGAUUUCUAGACAACAUCUUACCAAUACAUCCGACCAUUCUACCCAUAAUGGUUCUGAAACCCAUCGCAAACAACCGGUUAAGAUAGCAGAUAUUCAUCGUACAGCAAGUCAGCAUAGUGUUUCACCUCCUCGUCUUGGUACUUCGAGUAAGUCAUUGCCUGGGAGGAAAAUAUCGAGGUUGUUUAAACCGAAGAGAGAACACCGGUCUACAGCCUCAGGAGAUGCAAGCUCCCAUUCGUCUGGAUCAAUGGAAAACCAGCGACCAGAGGAAAUCUGCCUGAAGAAUCUGACUAGUGCCGCAAAAUCCCAAGGAAAAGGGAAGGUUUCAAAACUUAUGAAUGUCAGUCUUUCACAGAAUAGCACCAAUGCCCUAUUCUGGAUGCCCUCAACUAUUCAAGUAUGGGAUGUUGGUGUGACGCCUGCAGCCGUGACUAGGAUCAUUCCCACCGAAGGCUCAUGUCUCCUUGCUGCUGUUACAAAAAGAUAUCUAGCGUAUAUCGUUGGAAGUAAGGACCAAAAACUCACGCUUCGAAUCACCAAUCUUUCUUUCCCCACCGCUGCACCCCUGGAAUAUCAAAUGCCUUCAUCUCAGUGGUGUAAAAGCAUUGCCAUUUGCCCAAGAGAGUCACACGUUGCUGUCGGAUUUGAGAAUGCUACCGUUCGAUUCUUUAAAACCACCAUGUUUGAACCCCAACGGGAGUUCCGUCUUCAUAACCGAUAUCAUACCCCUAGCGAAUGUGAGAAAUGUCCACCUGUCGACACUCUCUCGUUUUCGCCAGAUGGGGAGACGCUCAUAGCAAGCACAAGAAAUGCGAAAGGCGUAAUACAAACCUUCCUCCGGCGAGCGUCAACGUUCACUUUCCAAGAGCUCUCCAACUGCCACUAUCCUAUUCCACUGCAUGAAUCGGAAGAUGGAGGAAUCUCCUCAGUCCUGUAUAGGCCUGGCGUAGGUGGAGAAGAUGACUUGGUGUGUAUCACAACAUGGACACAGUCAGGUACACCGUUAUUGUUGUCUCCCAAGACUGGGCAUCGGGUCGAGAUCAAAGCCGAUGGUUCAGGGCAUGGACGUCGUCUCGGCACACGGGUACAAUGUGGCGCUUUCUCCUUAACUGGAAAACAGCUCGGCAUGGUAAACGACAAAGGCCACCUCUACCUUGUGACUAACCUUAAUUCAAGUGUGAUGGAAGCACGAAGGCUUGCUACUACCAAGGAGCUUACGGCAAGAUGCAGCUUUUUCGCGAUGUCGUUCAUGGUACUCCAGGGUGACGAAUCAAUAGUCCUCGCUUGGGCAGAUGUAAACAAAAGCGUGGGCUAUAUUCGCAGGAUACCAAUUCCAUUUACUGUACGUAUACAUGCCCAACCCCGCUUGCUUCCCGUGGUGAUACUAACAUAUGUUGUACAGCAUGGCGAGUCUACGGUGACGGACACCGCUUUGGCCCAUCACCAAGAUGUUACUGAACUUCCCGGAGACAUUAGUGGCGGCACUUAUUCAUCAUUUACUGACAGGUCUGGUGAUACCUACCAGAAUGCCACUCAACUGCCAUCUCGGCCUGCUGCUCGGUAUAGGACCGUAUCGUCGCGCCCAGUGGAGCUUCCUGCUACUGACGGGCUGAGAUCCUUAUCUUUAAAAACGCAGUAG